CCAACCACGAACCACUACAUCGCGGUUUUGCUCAAAUAACAUUUUACAUCAAGGAGUGACGAGAUCAGUUGGUAAACUUGGAGCAGAGCGGAUGGGAAUCAGGGGUGGCCUAACUUGCUGGCGUAGAGCCUUUUUCCAGCCUCUUACUACAAGCCGCUGUGAGUCGUCAGUGGUAACAACCUUUCAGGAUGACGUGGGGACAGAGUGGGACCGAGCCCGUCCUUACAGCGAGGUACCAGGCCCCAAACCACUUCCUCUCGUCGGCAACACUUGGAGAUUCCUCCCGUUCGUCGGUAAUUUCAGCAUUGAAGAGAUUGAUCGAGUUUCGCGAGACCUCUACAGACAGUAUGGCCGAGUCGUCAAGUUGGCUGGCCUGAUGGGAAGACCCGACAUGCUGUUUCUGUACGACGCUGACGAGAUAGAGCGAGUUUUCCGGAACGAGGACCUCAUGCCUCACCGACCCUCCAUGCCCUCACUCAACUACUACAAACACGUUCACCGCAAGGACUUCUUCGGCGACAAUGGAGGGGUAAUAGCCGUGCAUGGUGAGAACUGGUACAACUUUCGAACCAGAGUGCAGCAGGCGAUGUUACAACCGAGAACGGCAAAACUGUACACAAAGCCCAUCGAAGAAACGGCCGUGGCGUUUGUGAAACGAGCGAAGAAACUGAGGGACAGUAAUCUGGAAGUGCCCGAGGAUUUUCUUAACGAGAUCCACAAAUGGUCACUGGAGUCUAUAGCACGCGUGGCCCUCGACAUGCGACUGGGGUGCCUGGACGAACAAGUUUCCUGUUCCACUUCAGACACGCAGAAACUGAUAGACGCGGUGAUAACAUUCUUUUCAAAUGUCGGGAUUCUAGAGCUGAAGUUUCCGUUCUGGAGGAUAUUCAGCACACCAACUUGGAAGAAAUACAUCGCCGCCCUGGACACGAUUACCGACAUCUCUAUGAAGCACAUCAGUACAGCUCUGCAACGUCUUCAUUCAGGUGGACCUGUUCUGGUGGACAACGAUUCGUCCCUUCUACAGAGAGUAUUAGCUACAGAUUCUGACCCCAAGACGGCCUGCAUCCUGGCGAUCGACAUGUUCCUCGUCGGGAUUGAUACAAUACAGACAUCCACAGCAGUGGCAUCCAUCUUGUAUCAGUUGUCACAGCAUCCGGAAAAGCAGGAAAUCCUGUAUGACGAAAUCCGGAAUGUUCUGCCGUCACACAACUCGUCUCUAACGGCGCAAGGCUUGGAGAAACUCGUUUACCUUAAAGCGUGCAUUAAGGAGACUCUGAGGAUGUAUCCAGUUGUAAUUGGCAACGGGAGAUGUAUGACCAGAGACACAGUCGUCGCCGGAUACCAGAUACCAAAAGGAGUACAGGCAGUGUUUCAACAUCACGUGAUCAGCAACCUGGACCACUACUUCCCACAACCCGAUGAGUUCCUACCGGAGAGAUGGCUUAAAAUCUGUUCUAAAAGCAGGCAAGGGCAUCAUCCCUUCGCGUCUCUACCCUUCGGCUACGGUCGAAGGAUGUGUCUCGGACGUCGCUUUGCAGAUCUGGAGAUUCAGAUGGUCAUCGCUAAGAUGAUCCAGACAUUUAGGAUCGAGUAUCAUUACGAAAAACUUCAAUACCGAAUUCAUCCAAUGUACACGCCAGACGGUCCUUUAAGAUUCAAGCUCGUAGAAAGACCAUGAUUAACCCUUUGAAGCCGAAGAUCGUCUGAAUAUUAUUUAUGAAUUCAGUCCGUACCGCGAAGAAAACACUACACCUCACCAUUACGAAAAUCAGCUGGUUAACCCUUUGAAGCCGAAGC